AGCUUGCUUUCUGACAUGUAUACAUACAUCUUAGAGAAGUAUAAAAUCCAUGUCAAAAUUCUGUGUUGCAUAACUAAGGUUAGAUUUCGUUCUUCGUCAACAGAUCGUAAAAAAGACCUUGUGAAACUCCAAGCAGGAGAAUAUGUUUCUCUUGGCAAAGUAGAAGCAGCUCUGAAGAAUCUUCCGCUGGUAGAUAACAUUUGUGCAUACGCAAGCAGUUUCCAUUCUUACGUCGUUGGAUUUGUUGUGCCAAAUCAAAAGGAGCUUGCAGAACUAGCUCGAAAGAAAGGAUUUAAAGGAACCUGGGAAGAAAUCUGUAACAGUCCAGAGAUGGAGAAAGAGGUACUGAAGGUGCUAGCUGAGGCUGCCAUGGCAGCUAAUCUGGAGAAGUUUGAAAUACCAGUAAAAAUCCGUUUGAGCCCUGAUCCUUGGACCCCUGAGACUGGCCUAGUGACAGACGCGUUCAAACUGAAACGCAAGGAGCUCACAGCGUACUAUCAGAUGGACAUUGAUCGAAUGUACGGAACGAAUGUCAAAUAAGUAUUUUUCUGCACCACUUUGUUACAGUGAGCUUGGAUCAAAUAGGAAAUACUUGAAUUGCCUGUCUCAGCACUUGAGAUCAAACACCAAACCACCAUUCCUCAUUUGAAGCCUAAACUGUUAUUUCUGAUAACAUCACCCUGAUGACCGGCGAGUUUAGUAAAAUCUUACGGCAGCAAACUUGUGUCUGUCUCCUUUUUUUUUUUCCAGUUUUCUCUGCUACCUUGUCAGUUCUUGGAUUUUCCCGACUGUUUUUGGGAAACCAUGAUUCUGAAGCCUCAAGUUUUUAAACAUUUAUAAGUCCUGUAUAAUGUUUUAUUUGUAUCUUUUAACAUUUGGAUGUAUAUAGGGAGAACUUGGCCAUGUAAGAAAUGGUAAUACUGGGGGCCUUUUUUUACCUAACUAUUUAAAGAUAAGGUACUGAUGUUGUGACAUUAUGUAAAUUAAAAAUGCUUAUAAUGACGUCACUGUUGAACAGAGGACCAGAUUAUUUGCUGCUGUGGUAUUUUUCUGUGUGAAUCUGAGGGAAAAAACGUUUGACGUUACAGCUUGUUUAAAACACCUUUAAUGUGUGCUUAAUGGUUACUUUUAUUUUUGUCUGAAAGUGAAAAGAUGGUCAUGGCACAGCUCUGCAUAAAGGUGGGUAACUGUGCAGGUGUUAGUGUCUUUUGUAUUAAAUAACACUUAUUAACACAGCAGAAAUGAAAUGGAGGAAUAAUCUCUCAAAUACAGAAGCCCCUUCUUGAAGUAGCUCAUGAUCAUUCUGUACAGUAGUUGAACUGCAUGGAGCUAAUAAGAACUCUCAGAAUUAAUUUCAAUUAAUGCUUUAUAAGUUUAACAGUGUCUAGCAGAGGGACUGCAACAAAUCCUGUUCUGUUUUCUUGUUAGAUUUGGACAAUACAGUGGGUUUGCUGUUUGGUUUGUACAAGUAUGAUAACAGCCCUGUUCUUUGCUAGCUGCAUCCCAGAUCUUACUGGGGAGAGGGGAGGCUGAAGUCCUAAUAGCAGUUAUGUUCUCAGUUCACACAGUGCCUAGCUGCCCUUUGUGCCAUUACAAAUCUCCCUUUUAAUGUUAUGCUCUUCUAUUCAGAGGUUUGUUUUUUUUCCUUUUAAAGACAGAUAUUUGAGGUAUUUGUCAGCCUGAGUUGUAUUUAUGUUACUUGUCUAAUCAUUACACCCAAAUUCUUACUUUGGGAAGGAGUCUCAGUUUCUGUUUUGCUGUAGAUAUAUGUGAAUGUUGUUUGAAGAGUUACCAGAAAUCUUUUCAUCUUCAGUGACAAUAUUUAGAUUUGUUUCAGAUUUGAGUUUUAUUCUCAAAAUAUUUCUAGAAAGAAAAUAAUCAGGGUUACGUCAAUGUGAAAAAACAUACAUCCCUCAACUUUGUGAUGGAGCAAAUACAAAAAUGGUGUUAAUUUGAAGACAGUUCUUAUGUGUAUCAUACUGACAGUGCUAGAAGUUGAAGUCUUGUUGCUAUCUACUUAAUGGUAUGUUAUGGUAGCAUGUGGCAGUUCUGAACAGCAGAAGGUUUGUUUGGGGAGGGGAAUUCCUGCUGCUAGCACUCAGAGUUUUGAUGUGGCAGUUGUGGAAGUUGCUCGAUGUGUAAAUUCUCUUUAAAAAGUAUUCUGAAAUGUUAUUUCAAUUAACACUUUCCACUGGUUACAGAAAGCAGUUUCAGAGCACUUGAAUGUUAUCAAAUAGGUUUCAGUUUUGGAAAAAUGAUAAGAUUUGUGCUGUUCUUCAUUAUCUUAUCAUCAGUUUCCUCUCCUGCAGUCUAUGAAAAAGACUGUUAUGUUUGUGGUGUAACAGGUGAAAUGGAAAUACAGAAAACAAACAAAAACCAGAACUGCUUUUAUAAGAGUAAUGCCUUCGGAUACCUAGAUAAUGAUUUUUUUCUGACAAAUAGGUAAAGAUUCAUGUGGGAAAUGAACUGUCAGGAUGUGGAAGUUGCCAGGACUGCAGGGAAGUGUUGAGCUGUGUCUGUCCUCCAUCAGCAGGUUAUUAAGAUGUUUGCACUCAGCACAGGACGUGCAUUGCUCAAGUGGUUUUGGUGAUUUUGAUGAAAAUUAACAAAUCACUCAAGUACUGUUACUAUGUAUAACACUUGGUGCAUCGUCCAGCAGAUUUGAUCUAUUUGGUAAAUUCAGAAGGAAUUGGAAAAUGUUAUUCCAGAGUUUACAUGCAGUUUUGGGUAAAUUGUGUAAAUGAAACUGAAAUAAUUUGGUAUUAGUAGUUCUCUUUUUAUCUCUGAUUGAGUUGCAGUCUGUAUUUGAUGUUUUUUAUUUUUUUUUUUUUUUUU